UCUUUCUCACUUAUCUUCGCGUUUCUUUAGCGGCAACACGCAUUUCUCUCCUUCCUUCCUUUCUCCCAUUCCACACUCCAAUUUUUUCCAUUACCUCACAAAAAAUUUCCUCUCCUUUUCUCUCUCUUCCUCAUUAAUUUUCAGACGUACUCAUUUCACAUUUUGAUAAUCUCUUCAUUCCCCUUUUGCUCAAUCCUCUUCUAAUAAGCUUGUCCUGCUUGUUGUCGAUCCUUCAUCCCAAAGUCUGUUACUUUUCAUCGAAUUCCCUACGUGGGUUCAUAAUAUUUUUAAAUAGUAAUGUUGCUUCCUUCCCUCGUUAGCCAUUCGUUGGCUUCAUAAAUAGAACAUUUUUUGUUCGUCAAAUCCCUGAACAAAGUUGUGUUUCGAUCUAAAUGCAUGUUAUUCUUGCAGGUGGCUAUAUUUAUUGACUCAAAUUCUAGGAAACUAUGUCGAGUUUUGAGGGUGUACUUGUUUCUGAUCCAUGGCUACAGAGUCAGUUCACCCAAGUCCAGCUACGCACCCUCAAGUCCAAGUAUGUAUCAGUGAGAACACAAUAUGGUCGGGUCACGGUAGGAGAUAUGCCAGCCGUUUUCUCAAAACUAAAGGCCUUUAUCGACGUCUUUAGUGAGAAUGAUAUCAGUGCUAUGCUUCAAGAAUCAACUUCCAACAUGGAUGAAGAGAUCGAUUUCGAAUCAUUCCUUAGGGCAUACCUAAACUUGCAUGGACGAGCAUCCAUAAAAUCAAAAUCAUCAGGCAAAAAACUAGCAGGUUCAUCCUCAUUCCUCAAGGCGUCCACAACAACAUUCCACCACAACAUUAAUGAAUCUGAAAAGAAAUCUUAUGUCCAGCACAUUAAUAAGCACUUGGGAGAGGAUAAGUUCUUGAAGGACUACCUCCCCAUUGAUCCCUCAACAAAUGCUCUAUUUGAUCUUGUCAAAGAUGGUGUCCUCCUUUGUAAGUUGAUCAAUGUGGCUGUCCCUAACACAAUAGACGAGCGAGCAAUCAAUACAAAAAAAGCUCCUAAUCCAUGGGAGAGAAAUGAAAAUCAUACACUAUGCCUUAACUCGGCUAAGGCUAUUGGAUGUACUGUUGUCAAUAUCGGUACCCAAGAUCUCGUUGAAGCUAGACCUCAUUUGGUUCUUGGAUUGAUUUCUCAAAUUGUUAAGAUUCAACUCCUGACUGAUGUGAAUCUUAAGAACACGCCUGAGCUUGUUGAAUUGGUCGAUGAUAAUGAGGAAGUGGAAGAGCUUAGGAACUUAGCACCCGAGAAGGUUCUGUUAAAAUGGAUGAACUUCCAUCUAAAAAAGGCUGGAUAUACUAAGCAAGUAACAAACUUCUCUUCUGACGUGAAGGAUGGAGAAGCUUAUGCUUACCUCCUUACUGCUCUUGCACCGGAACUUAGUACCCCUGAUGCCUUGCAAGUUAUGGAUCCUACAGAGAGGGCAAAUAUGGUUAUUGAGCAAGCAGAAAAAUUGGAGUGUAACAAAUACCUUACUCCCACAGACAUUGUUGAAGGAUCAGCUAAUCUUAAUUUGGCAUUCGUCGCAGAAAUUUUCCAGCACAGAAAUGGAUUGAAUGCUACCGAAACCUCAAAAGUAUCCUAUGCAGAGAUGAUGGAGGAUGAUGAUCAAACUUCUCGAGAAGAGAGAUGCUUCCGACUAUGGAUCAAUAGUCUUGGGAUUCCUACACACUGCAACAAUGUCUUUGAGGAUGUUAGAAAUGGAUGGAUUAUUUUGGAAGUCCUCGACAAAGUCUCCCCUGGAUCAGUUAACUGGAAGCUGGCAACUAAGCCUCCCAUAAAGAUGCCUUUCAGAAAAGUUGAAAAUUGUAACCAGGUUAUACAGAUUGGAAGGGACAUGCAUUUCUCACUUGUGAAUGUAGCUGGGAAUGACAUUGUCCAAGGAAACAAGAAGCUUAUUAUAGCAUAUUUAUGGCAACUAAUGAGGUUCAGUAUGCUUCAACUACUGAGAAACUUGAGAUCUCACUCCAGUGAAGGUAAGGAGAUAACUGACACAGACAUUAUACAAUGGGCGAAUGACAAAGUGAAGAAGUCUGGUAAAACAUCUCAAAUGGAAAGCUUUAAGGAUAAAAACCUAUCUACUGGGGUUUUUUUCCUAGAGCUUCUCAGUGCAGUGGAGCCUAGGGUGGUCAACUGGGAAGUCUGUAGAGCUGGAGAAACUGAUGAGGACAAGAAGAUGAAUGCGACAUAUAUCAUCAGUGUUGCAAGGAAGCUUGGAUGUUCCAUCUUCUUAUUGCCUGAGGACAUCAUGGAGGUGAACCAAAAGAUGAUCCUGAUAUUAACUGCAAGCAUCAUGUACUGGAGCCUGCAACGAAAGCAUGGAGGAGGACACCAUACAUAUACUCCUCCUGUUAAUGCACCAGAAGAGCAUGCAGAAGAAGCUGAUGAUGAAGAUGUUGCAUCAGAUGCAACUGAAUAGCCUUUUUUAAAAAGAUACACCGUGGAGUUUUGUUUUCAUUGUUGUUUUCUUCUUCGUUUGAUAGAGAAAAAGACUUUAGUUUUUCAUGUUUCUGAAGCUAUACCUUUUGAAAUUUCCUUCCACGACGUUAUAUCUGCUGAAAGACCUUAAUGAAAGAGGGAAAAUGUUUUGUAAUGUUAUAGGUUAUUUUGAUGCAUAAUUUUGCAUGUGGUAUUUGGAGCAAAAUAAUGCAUUUAUUUGAGAAUGUGAUAGUUUUGAGUUAUUUCAAAAAAUACAUUAUGUAAAACUUA